AUGGAAGAGAAUAUGCGCAUCCCAGGUUCUUGUUUUAAAGAAGGCGAAGGCACGAUCACUGGGACAGUAAGUUUAUUUGCCUGAGCUUUCGAACUCGAACUAGAGUUCAUCCAGUGAUCGUGCCUUCGCCUUCUUUAAAUACCAUUUUCUCUUUGUAGAGAGAACUUUUCUUCCGUUAAAUUAAUUUACACUUUUCCUUCGUUUUGGAUUACGCCGAGUUUCAGAUUGACUUCGAAAUAUUGCUGAAUAUUUCAUGAUUUUCAGUGUUUUCACGCGAUCGUCCAUAAAGACAGAUUCUGAAUUACCUGUCUGUUAAGAACUUUAAAAUAAGAUUAUUCUGGAAGGCAUUUGCCAAAUUGAUGAGUGUACGGGCGCUCCUUUUCACGAAGAUGGUCGUUUGGGUCACAUGUGAAGACUCAUUCAGACAUCAAACUUCAUUUUCGAGAAAAAUGGCUGUCCACAACGAAAGUCAACAACGAAUAUGCCUUUGACCAGUAAGAAAACUUUCCUUAGUAAAUUACCUCUUUAGGAAGUGCUUUAUUACUGCAUUCGGUGGUGGUAAAUUAAGUGACAUCAGGUAGAAUUUUCCAAACGACAAAAGGAUUUCAGCCCACUUAAACGAAGGAAUCUCCAUUUGCGUUAUUACUGCAUUUUAGGGCACCAAGUCGCACAGAUCUGCUACUUUGACAUUUAGGAAGUGAUAAAACCCCUGGUCUUCUUAAAAUAACCUUUGUGUUAGCAGGUUGAUUCCCACGGUUAACAUCGGACAUAAAAUAAAUUUUCAAGUUCGGCUAAAUCUGUUUAUUGGUGCUCUCACGGGCAAAUUACUAUCCUUUCAAUGGAAAAGUCGCUUAGAUGCGUAACGGAGUCUAGGACAUGUAUUAGCAUAGGAAAUUGUACAAAUAUAUUCCAACGUCAAUUUUCGCUAAAAUUUACUGAUAUUUUAUUUGAUAUAAUUACAUAAACACAAUUUAUGCACAAGAAAAGGAUAUUUUAUUGAAGGAUGUGGAUAAGCGAACAAAAGGCGCAAGGUUAAAGACGUCCAGAAAGUUUCGCACCAGUUUCCGUUAUCAGAUUUCAUGAGAUAGGUCACGUAUUGUAUGUGCCAAAUUAAACUGUCCAAUGGUUCACGCAGACCGCGAAAUUCGGAAUUUGUCGGCCUGUCACAGAGUGAAGCUUAUCUGGUUGUGAACCCUAACUACAGUUGGCAUUCCGUUUACUGCACUUUCUCUGACUAUGAACCGAUUGAUUUGCACACGGCCUUUAAUUGAAGAAGUAUAUUUGGUUAAGAACGGCUGAAAACGAAAUGACGAUUUUGGCCUCCGCAAGUCUUAUUGCAUCGACGAACAAGCGAGACCGGGCAUAUCCGCACGUUUCAGCCCGUAUUUGAGGCCCGGUGCCGCAUAGCUGAGCUGCGGGCCGGAGCUCACUUUAAGGCGGUCGAAAGGGGUCAAAAAUGAUCGAUCCACCACCGUCAACCGCCCAUAGCCCAACUCCCCAAACCGGCAGUACUGGCAUUAGGACUCGGGUGUAGUGGGUACCAAAAUCCAACGCUUUUCCACUGAACCAUGAACCUGGACUCGGUCGGUCCUCAGGCACCUUGGAGGACAAGAUGUGGAACACAAGCCCAAGAUCCAUGUUGGCUUCGAAUUUCUGCCAAGAUUUCUUUCCUAGUGGAGUGGUGCUCGAUCUGCAGCAUGUCAAAUUGCCACACAAGCCCUUAAGAUGCAGAAUAUAUGUACCUGCUUUCGACAGCCGCGAGUGACGUAGCUACCUCUUCCAGUCGUCCUCUCCUUUCUCGCCAGUAUUCACAGUUGUUGAGUUGUCCUUGGUUGUAGAUUUCGUUGUGGCAUUUGAGUCGGAGUCAGCGCCCAACUACGAAAUAGCUGAGCUUUUGAGAGAAAUUUGAAGGCCAAUUUUUAUGGACAACUAGCAGAAGUUCUGAUUGGUUUAUCUCCGACCAAACGUAAAAAUUUCAGGCUUGUCAAAAAAAGCUUUCUCGAAUAAGCCCAAGACCAAUUCCAAUUGAAUUAUACAAGUCUUACAUGAGAGCUUGUAAUGCGACUCUGGAAGUCAUACUGCUAAUGACGCUGGACUUUCUUUUGAUCACCAGAUUAUAAAGUAAACAUGCAUUUUGGAGGGAGAAGGCGCGAUCGCUGGCUGAUGGGGCACGGGAAUAUGGACGUCCCGUAUGAAAGGUGGCCUUGCGUUAAAUUCCAGAAGGAUUAGGGUUACGGUUAAAGUUAAGGCCGGGAGUAGGUGUCGUCCAUAGUAUUUGGCACAAGACCAUCUGUGGUACGGGGGGAUCGCUAGUUCCGAUUCCAACCCGGGAGUCUUAUUCGCCUGGUGUUUCGGCUUUACACUGGAGUCCAUCAACAUUGUUUUGGCUUGAAUUAGGUGUUAGCUAUAAGUAGGUCUAGAUAUCCACAAAUUAACGCGCAGCACUUUUGUAAGAUGCGUAUCAGAGAACGAGAAUUAUGGAGAACAAAAUGUUGGGUUGUUAACAUCAAUGCGCAAAGUUCGCUUGGACUAGCACAGAGUGCUAUAGUCAGGCCUACGAAUAGAAGUCCAGGAACGCGCUAUUGGCCUUUUUUGCUAAGUACAUUGGAAAUGCGUUAAGGUCAAAGUUCGAAAAGCCGCUCGAGUUUCCUGACUGUGAGUGUGAACCUCGCCACAUUGGCCACAUUGAAUCACACACCGAUGACUUCUGACAGCGCCUGUAUCAGUUCGCCGUCACUAAUCCUUUGGGGUCUUCGAAACAAAACGUGGUUUCUACGGGAGUCACUUUAAAAAAAGAGGGACCGUGAGUGUUACAGUGUAUUAUCUGGAUAAACUGUUUCUUCUAAAGGAUAUGCGCUUUUAAUACAUUUCAUUCUACUCUACAGACUGUGCGGAAAACGACAUCUCGCCCUCUACUGACCGCAUAGCUAUCAAGGUACGCCGUUUUAAUUCCUCCAUAUGGAAAAAACCUGUUAUGAACUACUUGGGUUUUCCGUAUUCAUGCUGGAAUCAGUAGUCGAACUUCGUUUGCUCUGUUAAGACUUAUAUCAACCAGGCUUUGUCUCUUUUCCAGAUUCCCUACCGUGGCUGGAGCCAUGAAAAAGAGCAAGAUUUUAGUGCUGAUUGCAGCCGUCGCAGUCUCUUGCAUCCUACUGCGGACUUGCCUUAGGUAAGCUAAUGCGUCUGAUCAAACAUCAACCCAGCAGGUCUGGUUCAAGGAUUAGUUGAAACUUAUUCAUUGCAUGAUUUCCAGCAUAUAGCAAAGAAAGGUAUCAUGUAGAGCAGAUUUAAGAUAUGUGCUGGCGUUUAAUUAGAUUUUAAUCUGCGAUGGAUGUUGGGUCCUCGACUACACACAUGCCUGAGCUCUAAUUUUCGAAAAGAGUGAUGUCGCCGUUGAUAUGCUUUACUACUUUUAAAACUCAAUAGGGACAGUCAAAGAAUAUGAUUUCUUCGGGAUAGUGGAGGUUUAAAUUUAGAUAUUAUGCAUGGGAGUUAUCAUGAGUUCGAAAAUUUUCAUAGAAAGUGAUGACUGCGUUACGUAUACUUUCAUUUCAUUACUAUGAAUUUUGCUACACUUUUGCGCAUAAAGUUUGUGGCAUGAUCGUUGUCUGUAUGCCACACACGACUUUAAUUCGGGUACAAGCACGCAUUAGCUAAAAGAAGUCCCCGCGUACUGGGAAUCCUUUGUUCUCCCAGCCUCAUACUGUUUUGCCAAGCGCAGUUUCCACGUGUCAUGUCCCUACAACGGCCCACACUGGAGGCACGCCGAACCGGCACUGGGGGUCCAGGUUAGGAUAAGGCACGCGUUAUUCGGGCUGCGCAUCCAUAACAGCUGCCACGACUUGGGGAUGUGGUUGCACGUCCCAGCGCAGGCUCACGCCGCACUGGCCACCUGCGCCCAAUCGCCACGUUGCAGAGCUAACCAGCUUGGACAGUGGACCGGGGUGAGACUCCUUCCCCGCAGUAUUCCAGCAUGUUUCCCCGUUAAAUACAGUUGGACGUGCUUUUAAACUAUUGCAAUGCGUCUAAAGUCGCAGCUUGGAAGAUUGUCAGCUGACAGGGUAACUUGGUUUUCUGGGGACGCAGUGCCAAGCUGCAGUGGCUCAUUCUGGGUUUAACCCAAUUGGCGCUCCCAUUCGCAUGUGAUCUGAGUCAAUCACUUCUUAUUUCUGUGAAAAUCUGUUCUAUGGUGCGCAGACCAGGCGUGAAUGGCACACGUAGAUGGGGUGUUUGUUUGUGUCGGCCUCUCAUGUUCUGUUUGGAUACAGGGCUCCGAUGGGUGAGGGAGGAGAGCGUGCAGGAGAUGCGACACAAGUCAAUGAUUCCUCCAUGCUGUAGCACAUACGGCGAAAAUGAUCGCUUGCGAUGGUCAGACUGUCAUUACAUUUUAAUUGACCAAGCAUUGUACAUUUCUGAUCAUGAUUUUAUUCUCCAGACAGCCUGCUUCUGGUAGUUCAGCCUUUAAGCUUUCGAACGCAGUUAGUUGUCUUGGGAGUUGUACUUUGCAGUUUUGAUCUACUGUCAACAUUUAGGUGAAUUUCCCAAGAUAUUCCCUGCGUGGACCAAAUGAACGCGUGGUAUUUGAUGAACUUACUAAAAGACGCUGAAGAACGGCAGUCCUACUCAUUUCGAAUUUAGUUGGCUCCGGUGUCGAUUUACAUCUUACCUCUGCUCUUUAUUUUUCAAACCCAUUUCUACCGCCAAGCUUCAGCCGUGAUCCCCACACCCUUCAUUUCCAAAUUACGCAAGUUUUAGAAAUUAGGUUGUGGUAGGUGCGAGACCGUGCAUGCUGCUAUAAACAACCUGGCCUAAAGUAAUGCUUGUCAUAUUUAUACAGGCUGAAAUGUAUGCCAGAUUUGGCCUAGUGUGGAUCACGCUGAAUUGCCGAAGGAAUAGACCCCCAGUGUCGUCCUCCAUCUCCCAUGCACCGGUCGACUAUCCAAGCCUGUUAACCGACUGGUGAUAGGGUCGGGAGCAGUGGCUGGCUCGGCGUGAGGGUCGACGUCUGAGGGGUGUACGGCGGUAGUUGGGACCUCGCACGGACCUUGCGCUGCCGAAUUAACGCCUGCUGUGAGCCGGUCCAGCGCAUCUACAGCGCAGCCGGUUGGUGAAACAGGCCCUCGACACACCAUCGUGAUGACCGAUUUAGAGUAGCGACUUGGCGGAAGUUGUAUUUCUUUAACAUUCGAAAGAGCCUCAUUUUCGUAGAUUUUUUUAUUUCAGAAUCAUUAUCCGACAUGUUUAAGUGCGCAUACGUUUUGUUAAACAAGGCCGCACGUUCAUGUAAUGGGUUUACUUCACGUAUGUACUUAAUUCGUGACAUGAUAGCGUAUAUAAUGUAAGGAAAUACUGUAGUUCUCAUCGGCAGAAUAACGUUUUCAUACUUGUUUUAGUACUUGCACCCAAUAUCCAGAUUUCACUUUACUAAUAUAAAUUACUGUACUUUACAGUGUGUAUGGAACAAAAAAUGUGCAAAAUGUUUUCCAAAAAGUUUAUGAAGAGACCAGCGAAACCACCCAGAAAGCAGUAAGUUAUAUAAUUUUCCUACUAAUAUUGGUUAUUUUGGUGUUUUAUGCACGAGGUAAGAAUGUGAUAUACGACUUUAAAUCUGACAAACAACCCUUCUAAUAUUAUAAAUGCUUCGUUUUAUACGAAAGAACAUUUUCAAUAAAGAACAGAUUAAUUCCGGUUAGUAAGCCGACAUCGAAGGUCUGACUCUGCCAGAAAUCCGUUGGCAAAUGCGCAAAUGUACUGCGAAUUUGAUAACACAUGGAAUGUGCCGAAAUUUACGAAACUUAAUUGCUCGCAAUGCGACACAAACGAAUAUAUCAAAACUUCUAAUCAAUAGUGGGUGACUUUAAAUGGAUUGACAACAUAAAAUAAAUAUUAAAAGCAGGAUUAUUUUGCGAAGAAAUAAGCUUUUUAUGGAGAAGCGUAACUUCCGAAACCUUCAGUUUAAGUUUAGGUUUCAAAACGGUCUCAUGAGUAUUGACUGUCUCGGAUGAUGGAUUCAACUGAGAAUCCGAAACGCCAGGCGAAUAAAGACCUUGUUCCAGCGAUCGCCUCUUCUUCUUCUGAUGACUGUAUUUUCUCAGCUUUCACAUUGUUUGAGAUGCGGUCGACUAAUUUAAACAGAAUUUUGCUCGAGUUCGCCCAUAAGGACGUCACAGAAAUAGAAGUUUUCACAAGGUCACAUGCUGAUAAGUCGGUCAAUUUAGGGUAAGUUGAUACCACACUAACAGCACAGGUACUAACCAAUAGCCUAUACACGCGUGUUUCGCCGAUGUUUUGCCGCUGCAUGGCGCAGCUGCGAGGGGUUCGGCUCGUCAGUGGGUCCCCCAGCAUUACCCGUGUGUUUUCUGGUAGAUACUCCAAUUUAGAAAUUGUCGAUUUUAAAUUUCCUCGUAAAUUAUCUACGAAGUUGGAGUAGAUCAGUUUAUUCAAGGCCUAUAGACACAGACCGAGAAUUUUGCGCAUAGACCUUGAAUAAACUGAUUUAUUCAAACUUCGUAGAUAAUUUCUGUGGAAAUGAAAAAGCGACAAUUUCUAGACUGGAGUAUCUACCGGAAAACACACGGGAAUGCUGAUGGGGACCCACUGACAAGCCGAACCCCUCGCAGCUGCGCCAUGCAGCGGCAAAACAUCGACAAAGCACGCGUGUAUGGGUUUUUGGCUAGUACCUGUGCUGUUAGUAUGGUAUCACCUGACCCUAAGGUAUGCUACUAGCUGCCUGUCGGCAGCUGAUAAAGAUUACGCGAUUACUCGCUGUGGCUGAUGGACUUUGGCCCAAAUAUUCAUGUAUAAAAUUCUCGGUCUGUGCCUAUAGACCUUGAAUAAAUUGACCUACUCCAACUUCGUAGAUGAUUUCUGAGGAAAUUACGAAGAGACAAGGUUGGUCAGGGGCUAAUAACUUUGAACAGAAUAAGCAGGUGCGGUCACAAGCAUACCAUUUUUUAUAUGUCAAGAGGACAUCCCUUCCACCAACUUUCACUUUUUUCUCGUGCUGGAGUACGUCGAGUUUCAGAUUGUUCCUGAAAUAUCGGUGGAUAUUCCACAAUUUUCCGUGCUUUCAAUGGAUUACACAUAAAUGUAGAUUAUGUGUUGUGCGUUUACCAAAACCUUUCCAAGAAGAUGUUCUCAGGAAGAAUUUACCGACUUAAUGAGUACUCAGACAUUCUUUCUCAUGCAGAUGGCAGUUUGAGUCGUAUUUGUUAACUCAUGCAAACACGAAGCUUCAUUGCCGGGAAGAAUGAACGUUCACAAAGCAGGUUGGCGAUGAAUAUGCUCUAGAUCAAUUGAACAACUUUUUACAACUAGUCACUUAUUUACAAAGCGCUUGGAUAAGGUAGUUUGCUGAUGCAUGUCGCGUAUUUUACCUUUUUAUAAGGUAAAACCAAUGUAGAAAUUGGGGCGUUUGGCUGGCUUUUCACUUCCCUGAAAAUUAGUGAUAAUUUUUCUUUUGAAGACUGAAAAAAUCACUUCCCUCUUUAUAUAGAACUUAUUCUGGCUGCAUUUACUUGCUUAAAAGUUUUAUUCCUAGAUUAUAAAUGCACGACAGGCGGCCAUAUACUUACUAAGAUAUUGUUUAUGCUUCUAGUUUUCCACCCCCCCUUUCUAAAUUACGGAGUAGUGUGAACUAGACCAUACAUAAAAUAUCAUACGCUUGGUAGAGAACCUUUACCUGACAACUUAUUAAGUAUUCGGAAAGGACGGGAAAAUAUAGGAGUGUCCAGGCAAAGGAUUGUCCGUAGGCAUUAUUGCUGCGUUUUAGGACAUAGAAGCACAUGGAUUUGUAAAGUUUACUUCUGAAAAUCGAUAAAACAUAUAGUUUUCUAAACAUGGCCUUGUCUAAACCCCACUCUUUCUGGUUUAUGUGGAGUAAAAAAACAAUUUUCAAGUGUGCCAAGCUCCGUUUGGUAAAACCCUCGAGUGAAGAUUAUUUUUGUCUAGAAGAAAAGCAUGCUUGGAUGCGCGAACUGAGUAUGGGACGUAUUCAAGCAUAGGAAACUACCUGAAUACAAGGUACCGUAGAUUUCUGGUCAAACUUGUGAAUAUUUUGACCGAUAUACUUACUCGUAAUCAUAUCCUGCACACAAAAAGGACACAUUUCGAAGCGAGUUUUGGAUGCCUAAAACUGAUCGUCUCCAUUUUUGCUUUCUCGUUUCAUGAAUUAGGCUGAUGUCACGGUCAGCCCCGUCACGUUUAUCUUCUAAUGAUCAUAAUUUUCGUCUAGUGAUUAGUUCGUUGGCAUUCUCGGAGAAGCUACGUUUUGUUUGGCUCCGACUCUAACCAUUGUGUCUAUUGAAGGUGUACCCACGACCUACCUUAGGAAGGCAGGUGAAACCUUACAUCGCGGCGUAUUUUUCACAUUUAUGCCCUCCUCGUGACAAAAGUACUCGUGUGCAUUGGUUGUGUCCUGUUACCCAAUAACGUUUUUUCUUGUAGGCACUUUGCGGACAACCAAACUACGGUGAGUUUGACAUUUGGAUACGUCGUGUCGAUGCACAGCUUCCUUAAAGACCUAUGCAUUAGUCAAAUGAGUGUUAAAAGCAGAAAUUUAGACGGAAAUAGGCAUAUGGGGUAGGACAGGGGGAUCUGGACCUUCACCGUACUACAGGUGGUUUUGCGCCAAAUCCUAGGCGGGUGCCUGUUCACAUGUCCUAACUUUAGCCCUACAUUAAUCCAACCCUCUCGAAUUUAGGGCAAAUCUACCUGUAAUAGGGGAGGCCCAUAUUCUUGUGCCGAACCACACAUAGAAUAGUGGUUAUUUUGAUAAUCCCAGACAUGCCGGUUUUUGAGAAGUGAGUUAAGCAACCUUCUGUCACCGAGCUACAAAGCAUUCGUAGUAAUAGCAAUUAUGACAGGCUGUCAAGCUUACACAACGGCGAAUGAGCCGUCAGAAAGUGCCCGGGCCUUUUUAGGAUGCGACUAGCUGAUGGGAGCAAGCGAAUUCUCCCUUUUUUCUGAAAUAUAUCUUCACUAAGCCCAACCUCUCGUGAUUUUCAGAUCUUGUUAACUUUACUAACGUUCUCUGAUUUUUUUGAGGAAGUCGGUAGGCUGAAUAUUAGCUGGGAGCGUCUGGACUACGAGGAGUUAGCCGCGCAGUGGGGACUUCCUAAAACCCAAACGAUCUGGCAGAAUGAUUCAAAUUUCACUGAUGUCGCCUACACUUUGGAACGUCCGGGGACGAAUGACAGCCCUGCGGCAACAGCUGUGUGGACACCCGUGAACUGUGAACAGCCAGAGGCCCUAGCGAUUAUUAUUCCCUUUCGUGAUCGUUAUCAAAAUCUCUCCGUCUUUCUCAACCACAUGCAUCCCCUCUUACGGCAUCAGCGUCGACGGUACUCCAUUUUCGUCAUCGAGCAGGUAGGCAGAAAAGAACAGCCCAGUACAUUUAGCAGUUUUCGUUGUCUGAAGGAAGGAAAAAAUAGACGGCUUGAUAAAUCUUCAAGCACAUUAUUAAAACACAGACGAGAUCCACAGGUUCUGAGAGGAAGGUUUAAUUACCGAUUUUAGCGCGCUCCUAAAGCUCCCGAUGUACUUCCGAGAUGUCGCGUCUGAAGGUGUGCUUAAGGAGAUUCGUAGCUUCUUAGAUAGAACCUGAAGAGAUCGUUCAUUCCUGUAAAUUCUUCAUUUGCCGAGAAGCGAAAAGUAGAAAGGGAACCGAUAAAUCAAGUUAUAGUCUGAAAAAGCAAAUGAGGACAUAUAUUUUGUUUUAUACCGAAACAAAGUGACAUCUCAAUUCUAGUGGAUGAUAUAAAUCAGGCGAACUCAUUAGUCAAAUUCACUUUGGAAGAAGAACAGUCCGUUCACUUCCUUUUCUGGACGUGCUUCUGAGUAGAAGGCCUGACGGCAGCAUUCGACGCAGCAUCUAUCGUAAGAAAACGCGGUCCAGACAAUACACACAUUUUGGGAGUUUCGUACCACUAAACGUUAAACGUAAUUUAGUUCGCUGUUUGACAAAAAAGUGAGAAGAAUCUGCUCAGCUGAUGGUGUUGAGAAAGGGCUUAAGGUCAUCGAAAAUCUUGUUCGCCAGAACGGGUAUCCUGAUCGGUUGAUAGCAAAGAACAUAACCGAAAGACCACCAAAGCCCCCGCUGCUGACGGCAGGAAAGAAAAGGCUCUUCAUCAGGGUCCCAUUUCAAGGGGACGCGCCAAGUGAACUAUUAAGAAGUCGCCUAACUCAAGCUGUAUAACAGACCUCUCUAGCAGCUGACACCCGUGUACUGUUCUCCACUAGCCCCAUCCUAUACGGAGAGGGCUAGGACAAACUACCAGCUCAGACCACCUCUAUGCGUAGUUACUCCUUCACCUGUUCCUGCGAGGCAGAACAUAUUGGUCGCACGAGCCGGCGUUUAUUCAGAAGAAUAAAAGAGUAUCUUCCAGCAUGAUUAAGAAAGCGUCAAAUAAAGAACAUCAAGAGCUUAAUGCUUGCGCACAUGGUAGACAUAAACCACCGUUUAGACGCCAGAGAGGCCUUCAGAGGGAUUUACAAGUCCCGUCAAGCUAUCUAAAACUGCUAUGGCAGAGGCGGCUGCAAUUGGGCUACGCGAACCGAUCCUUUGCACACAGAAUAACUUCCUUUAGAUCCCACAGUUGCCAUGACUCAAAGCCACCAAGUCAGCCAUCCGCAUAUAAUUACAUCCGCCGGGGCCCACCUCUCUGGGGCUGACUGGAAUUGUGGUGUUUCACUCCCCCCCUCCCCUCUCCUCCCCUCCUCAAACCCCAGCUGCAACAUAAUUAUCUUUUUCCCCGUACCAUUUACUUAAUUACUUCAAUAGCCAUAUAAGUGUACAGGACUGAAGAGAAUUUGUCAAAAGCAGACGUAUGCUCGCCAAAUUGCCUUUUUGAAUUAUACAAUAAGGCAACAGACUAAUAUUUAUUUUCGAGUUCGUUUCCUUUUUGUUAUUUCGUUUUUCUCAGAUUGCACCCCACACCUUCAAUCGAGCCGCUCUCUUCAACAUAGGCUUUCUAGAAGCCUCGAAAAGGGCCGAUUUUGGAUGUUUCAUGUUCCAUGACGUGGACCUUCUGCCCGAAGAUGAUCGGAAUAUGUACGCUUGUGAAGACCAACCGCUGCAUAUGUCCGCCACCAUCGACAAAUUUAACUAUAAGUAAGCUAGUCACGCGUUUUGUAACCUGUACGGGGAUCUUUUGCGAAAUGUCUUUUAAAUUAUUUUUUUCCACUGAACGUGGUUAGUUGGAACCAUUUUAGACCUUGGAUUGCUGCCUCUUCUCAAGUGCUCCAUACAUCAUCAUUUACCCAUACCGUCAGUUACUAUUACCGUAUGGAUUCUUUUCUGCCCUGAUUAGCUCUAUUCUGGACUCCGUCUCAUAGCGGAGAUAACUUAGGACACUGCAAAAUACGUCCGCAAUUUCAGACUGGAAUCACUGACUAAGAGAAUUUUAAUUAAACGAACAUUUCUCUUCUCGGGAAUAAAGCGGGAUAAUUAGGGUGACAGCUAAUGCAUUCUUAUGCAGAUCGAAUGUUUGAGGACAUUUUCGCAUUGAAAAUCUGACUCAAUCGAGGCAGCCAGUAGGCAAUCCGACUUUGAAUGGCACCCCGUUCCUUGUUUGCGACCUCAUAGUGAAAAUCGAGCCAUUAUCAGGAACCUUAGUAUUAGAUAGCUAAGAAGCUGGACUGGCUGUUUGUGACUUAUUUGUUGUCGUCAACUCGUGAGUUGAAACACCUACUAGCUGAGCCUAAAUUAAUUUUUCCUAAAGCCUGACGUACUGUCACUGAGUCGUGGGCUCACGAUCCAUGGCGUUUAAGCGAUUGCUAAAACCCAGUCACAUUCAAAAUCUUCCCUGCCUGGGCUCCAGGAUUGAUCGACGGUCGAUGAUUAGUAAAUCAGUAGCAAUGAAACCCGCUUCUCCUCCCAUACUCUCACAAAUUUCUCCGUAUAAGCGGUUUCGUUUUGCGCAAGAGUUGUGCAUUCAAACACCAGUGAGAGUUUAUCUUGGAGACGAGAAUUUACAAAAGAGGUUCAGCCUUCUAGUACUGGUAUAGUGAAAUUGUGCAUGCAUUUUCCCCUAAGGCCAAGUCAGCGACAGGAAGAUGAUUUUGUAUUUGGAAACCCUGUCCCUGUCAACGUCGAUGUUUACGGUCGGCUAGGUUAAGUAACAUUGAUUUUGCGUUCAAAUUGUUUCUAAGUAUCAGUGGUCCAUUAAUACGUUGAUAUUUUAUUCGAAAAUAAUUAGCGAUUUUUAAAACGCAUUGAAAUGUGACCUUUUUCCCCAUAAUGCCAAUUGAAUAAUUAAAAUCUAUAGGUAAUUUAUUAAAUUUUGCCGACAGACUGCCGGCUUCUAUGGAAUCGAACGUUCUCUGAAUGCAAGCUGACUCCAUAUCUCCACUGUGGAUAAAUGCGAGUUCCCGGAUUUUCGUUCUGAUUGAGAUAUUUGCACUGUUUAGAGGGGGUAACGCAUUUAUGAGUGCUUCUGUUUGAGGUGCUUUGUGCAACGUACACCCCCUGCCGUGCUUCUUAUGAAAAAGAGAGGCAAGGGUUGGUGUUGAGGGCAGCACUGUGUCAUUAUCUUUCGCGCAUUCACACAUGUCCCUUCAUGGGGCCUCGUUAUCAUGACUGUCUAUUUUCCAGUUGCCUCAUCGGCCGUGCUGUUAAUGCAUGGCAAGGGGUUGACCAUGACAUGAUCACGCCAACGGGGACAUCUUUGUCCCAAAACGGGUGACUUAAAACUGGAUCCAUAUUCUGAGUCCAUGUGUACCGAAGUGCAGCUUGACUCAGUGACUAUGAGGAGUCCAACAUGUCCUCGGCAUCUUCAACUGCGGGACGAAAUACCUGACUAGCCACUGAGUCUUGGCUCACCUGGGCUCUACUGUUCUAAUUCUUGUCCCCAAUCACGUGGCACAUGUGCAAAAACCUAUCAUGUUUGAUGCUGUGCACGACUCAUUUAUUGUCAGAGAAUUCAUGCCAGAUGCAGAACCAUCAGCGAGACAAUGGUAGUCAUUGUCGGACAAGACGGACGAGCUACUAGAGUUUGAACAGGUGAAGCGGGCGACGUGAAUGAGGCCGCCUUCCCUGGCUCAUGAUUAAUUACGUUCCACGGUCUCGCCUUCGGUAGUAGGAGACCCAGCAAACUCAAAACACGGAGAUCGGGGGACGGCGCAGUUGACAGCACCCUUCAAACCCUGUCUAAUACCGAAUAUAGUCUGGUGUUAGGUAACUUUAAGAUGGUGGCAAGCAGCCUUGCGCGCGUUUGAGGAUUCCCACAUAGCAUGAAGACCCCCUGGCGGCCAGGUAUUAAUGCUUCGAGUGUACGAAACGUCAAAUAGCUACUGGAAUGAGUUCAUUGACACAGUACUCAACUGUCAUGUUGUCGAAUUCACCUCCUUUAUUUAUAUACCGUUCAUAGAUGAAACGAGGGAACUUCCGCCAGUGCCAUGUCGUUGACGUGACCCCUGCCAAAAAUCCUACCUAAUGGGAAAUUAACGAGAGCGACAAAGACUAAUGUUAAAACUGACCUCGUAGGAGCAUAGGAACGGGACUCAGUCAGCUUAUAGCCCAUAUCUUUGAAUACUGCAACCGAAUACCCACGCUUGACAUUUAGUUGUGGUUUCAGUUUCAAUUUCAGGAACGUUUGCUACCCCGUCUACAGUAUCACUUUCAUUCCUCCACGUACGAUAGUAGAAACCUGGCGAUAAUUAGAGAGAGUCAACUGGUUGGACGGCUGUCACCACAGUUAUGCGAAUACUUCUGUCGGAACGCCUCUUGUCUGAUCAUCUGACUUACAACCUCCCAACCGCGGUUGACAGCUUUAAAAGCAGUCAAGAAGUCAGGGCGCAAAAAGACGUGCUUCUCUCGACGCAAGUUAGGGCGCGUAGCCUAUGAGCCGGCCGUGCGUUAGCCAAACAUGGCCAACAAACCUGCAUCAUGAAUAAUAGAACUGGUUUAUUUUGGCGUCUAAACAACUAACUUAAACCACGAAUGGAAGAGAAUAUGCGCAUCCCAGGUUCUUGUUUAGAAGAAGGCGAAGGCACGAUCACUGGGACACUGGAUUCUUAAGCCGACUCCGGCGCAACAAUGUAAUCUCGCUGGACGAAUGGCGCCAGACCAAACCAACCGACACAGCGUUGGCCAGGUUCUACUGACUUCCAAAUAUCCACAAACCCAACGUUCCUCUGCGGCCAAUCGUUGCCCUGAAAGGCAGCCCCACAUACAAUUUAACCAAAUGGAUGUCCCGAAAGCUCAAUUUUCUCCGAGAGGGCUCUGUAACGUCUGUCAAUUCGGCCUCCCAAUUCCUUGCCGACAUUCGGGGAAAAACCAUUCGACCUGACCAAAUCAUGGUAUCCUUCGACGUUGUCUCACUUUUCACGUCCAUCCCACCAGACUUGGCGCGCGACGUGCUACGCAAACGCCUCGAAGAAAAGUACGACGAAACGACAGGGCCGCUAAAGAUCCAGCACCUAAUGCAGCUCUUUGCAUUCUGCCAACGAAUCUUUUUCACCUUCGAUUACAGAACAUACGAACAAAUCAAAGGAACACCCAUGGGUUCCCCAAUAUCCAGCAUGGUUGCGGAAUUAGCCCUACAAGAGCUGGAAAAGGUUGCUUUCAGCUAUUGCAAACCUGCGUUUUGGCGCCGAUACGUGGACGAUACAUUCGUCAUUAUUGAAAUGGACAAGCUAUCGUGUUUUCAAGACUUACUUAAUAGCAUAUUCCCCGACAUUCAGUUUACAAGAGAAGACAAGGAGGAAGAAAAACUACCCUUCCUGUACGUGCUCGUCACGCGCACACCUGACGGUGAACUCAGCACUACAGUGUACAGAAGGGCAACCAAUACAACCCAGGUCCUCAACUAUCAUAGCAACCACCCACUGGUGCACAAACGGGGCUGUGUGGGGGGGGUUUUCGACCGGGUAAAAACGCACUGUAGCGAGCCCGAAGGAAGGAUGCAAGAACUACGGCAUCUCCGGGACCAAUUAAGAAAAAAACGGCAACCCUAAUAGUUUUAUCAGUUGUUGCAUACGCACGCACCCACGCCGGACAAACGGAAGAGAGACACCAACAAUUUGGCACUGCCUACCGUACAUAAAGAAUGUGUCCGAGGCUACAGAACGCAUUGCGUCAGAGCUAGGCGUGGGCAUCGCUCAUCAUCCUGCAGCCACCAUGCGUAGCAGGAUCAUGAAAAUGAAGGAUCGGCUGGACGCAGGUGAACAGUCGGGCGUAGUCUAUCAAAUCCCGUGCCAAAACUGUCCUUGUCACUACACAGGCCAGACAGGACGACGUCUCAGCUCACGAAUACUUGAGUACAAACGGGCCGUUCGAAGAGGCGACCCAUUAUCUCAAGUAGUCGCUCGCACGCUGGAGGAAGGCCAUGAGUUCGACUUCGCCAAUACGCGGAUAUUGGCGCGAGCCGGCAACAAGACAGGGCGAGAGCUGUUGGAGGCGUGGAUGUCGGACACCAACUCUAUCAACAGACACAUCGAUUUGCCUGCGUGUUAUCAGGCGCUCCGCCCACGCAGCCAGGUAGCGCAGCUCAAACCGUCGCGAAGUACAAACGGCGUCACCACGGGGGUGGGGCGGACCGUCGUGGACCAGGCGGCACGAACCCUACCUAGCCACGUACGUACUUCCCCUCCCUCCCCGCAAAGACGAACGAUAUAAAUGUUCGCAAUUUGCUGCACUCAAGUAGUCUCUGAUGAUGAACUCCAGUUCGAGUUCGAAAGCUCAGGCAAAUAAAACUACUGUCCCAGUGAUCGUGCCUUCGCCUUCUUUUAAACUAACUUAAACCAUCUUAACCUAGAGAAAGGUGGUGUACUCCUCGAUCCUAAAUGCGGAGAACAACCGGAAAGCUCAGAACUGGCAAGUUAGCGUGUGUCGCGUCUUCUGAGAGAACAAUGCAUAUUUUUAUAAUUCAACCCUAUCAAUACUCUCAAUACUUCCAAAGUUUUGUAUCUCUCAAGGUGAUGUUUGUCCUUCUACCUGCAUUACUAUCCUCAUUUUAUCCGCCGGAAACAAAUAUUUACGCCGUUUAAAUAGCUAGCCGUUUCAUAGCAGAUGGUUUUUGACUUAUAGCUGCACACUCUAAGACGGAGCAAAGUCCAAACACUGGUGCUUCAAGGCGUGCGACGCAGGACGAAUUUUUUGUACGGACAUCUCCAAUGCACUUUAACCUUCUCUGCCAGGUUAUAAACUGUGCACUAACUCUGUCCGCUUAGCGCACAAGGCCAGGCCGAAUCAGCAGUCGUGUGCAUGUUCUUUGGAACUUUGGAGUUGACUUACCGAGGGUCAAGUGAGAACAUGUGGCUACUCGUAUUACAAUCUCACCGAUUGCCCACUGUAACCUUUUGGCGCAUAGAUGCGAAAAUUAACACUAAAGGAUCCACUAAACACUUGAUGAGCCUAGGUGUGCUUUCGGUAAAUUAACAUCGGGCAGGUGCAUUUUGAUCGGAGCGGGGUACGAGUAAACGUAUGAGGGAUAAGACGAAUCGAUUACAGUUCACCUUCUCAUGCAAGCGGUAUGAGGCACAAAAAGAUAGAGUUAGGAGGAAGAAAGGGUAAGGGGGAAGGGGGGGGUGUUGCAGAGGAGUACAUGCGGCUAACCGAACCUUGGUCACGGUAGGCGUGGAGCUUGCACCAGAUACUUCUGCGCGCACAAGAUCGGUUUUAAUAACCUCAUGGCAGUCGCCAUUGCUGCCGCUAGCAGACGCUGACCCGGUCGCUUGGGGUACUUCGGUGUAACCUUGCUAAUCACACGGAAGGCUGUGUUGGGGUCUACAUGAUGCGCGGAGUUAACAGCGUGUGCGAGAAUGGCGAUGUCAAUGCUUUUAAUUUCACCUCUUCUCAACCAUGCCAGGAGGCAUUUCCGUAUUCUUUUUAAUACGUGCCCACUCGUACCAGUAAUAUAACCUGCUGAACAGGUGGUCUGGACUGGUAACUUAACCAUACAAAAUAGGGUUGGUCUAGAAUGAUACCUGAACUCUUGUCGUCGGGAAUGUUCGUGGAAAUGACUAGUUAGGGCGUCCUCUGGGGAGUUCACUUGCUGCGCCCCCUUGAAAAGCGGCUUUGAGGAGCAGAACGUUUUUUUCCGCCAUCAGUAUGAUGGGUAUUGGGUGUUUCUGUAGUAUCCUCCACAACGUUUUUUGAUGUUUUUAGCUCAAAACUAAGGUUUACAUGUUUUCAUCGAUUUUCAAACCGCAUACUGCCUUCUUCCAAUAGAUUAAGUAAUAUCCCACUACGAUGUCACGCGAAGGGAAUCUCGGAUGAUUGGAAGGUUGUGCAACGUCCACAGACCUGGAGACAGUUAACUGCACUAAGAAUCAUGAGGCUGUCUUCAGCAUUUCCAUAGCGGUUAAAUAUUUAAAAACUGACAUGCCCAUUUUCACCCAGUCGUACAUUUAGCAAGGACAACAUUUCGUGUAAAAUCAGAAUAAAUAACGUUUGUGAUACCUUGCAGAAUUUAUAACUGGAGCGAAACAUGUCAAAUGAGCGUUCGACCCUCACUGUUGAGGGUAGGAUCUCAGUCGAUCCCACUCUGACCGCCUGCCAGCUUGCUACUGACGACAACGAACGUUGUGUCCUAGGACACAUACCACAUAGGCAGCUCGCUAAGAGUGCAACAGGAGAGACGUACUGAUGAUCGGUGAUGACCGCGAAACAGCUGUCAGCGUCCGGCCUUUUGCACUCCUACUGAGCUGCUUAUGUGCCUCAUAACAGAGCGGGCGGACAAAGUGGGGUCGAGUGAGAUCCUAACCACAGCAGUGAGGCUCAACCGCUUACUUGACACGUUUAUGUACCUCACUUCAUAUGGCCUAUGAUGUACUGAUGAUCGGUAAUGACCGUAAAACAGCUGUCUGCGACUGGCCCGUUGCACUUCUUGUGAGCUGCUUAUGUAUGAAACAAGACAAUCAUAAAAUAUUAACUUCUAAGUAUGUUUUGGUCAGAUAAGGAUUGUUUUCCGUGUAACUUUCCAAAUCAAAAGUCCGCAUCCACGUAAACAUCCUUGGGAUUAUAUUUCGUACAAAUAGUUUUUACAACAUCAGCCUAGCCACCUUUUCCAUGUGAGAAUAUGCAUAUUGGAACAUGUUAAUUAAUACGUUACGAUGUUCUGAGCAUAGCUAUGGAACUCUGGGCGGGAUAAAUGAAAUUAACCUUCUGCUUUACAUCCCUAGAAGCGUGGAAAAUGUUGUGAACGACACUUUUGCAGGCUGAUAAUAUUGUCGAUUAGUGCGUGCUUUUGUAUUAGUUGUAAUUCUUUUUAGAAAAACUGUUAUUUGCCUUUGAAGACCGCUUCUUUUCGCCCCCUAAUGUAGACUGUUUUACAACACCUCGUUUGGCGGAGCCGUUGCUAUGAGGAAGGAGCAUUUUGAAAGAACGUUAGGAUUCGCCAAUACCUACUUUGGAUGGGGUUGCGAGGACGAUGACAUGAGCCGGCGACUGCGCUUUGCUGGGCUAAAGUUAACACGACGCAAUUUUACCUUCGCUCGGUAUACAAUGUUGAAACACGGCAGGGAUAAGGGCAACCAAGAGAAUCCCAAAAGGCAAGUUCUUUACCAUAGUUGCUAACUUAACUGAGACUUAACAAAACGUCCUUGAAGGUAAAAGUUGAUGUCUGCUAAACGCGUGAUGACGUAUGUAGGGCAUAGAUGGCAAAAAAUUGUAAGACAUGUGAAAAAGGAAGAACAGGAAGGCUGCUUAAUUACAAGGAGGAAUCGCGUAACCCUCAAGCUCAUGAAAGCUUCUAUUAAUAUUAUUAUUAUAUACAAUGGGUGACAUGGCAAGUAAAUGAUAUACAGAGCCUCCUUCGGUCGGCCAGUUUCCUGGAUCGCGGUCAGAGCUAAAAACGUCAAUUAGCUUCUAGUCCGCCUUUCUGCUGGGCUUCCACCUAUGAAACAGGCAAUAACGCGCUCUAUGCAGGCAUCAGAACGACUCCGUGGGCAGGAUAACAUUAUGGUGGCGUGUCGUUAGAGGUUUUGAUCGCAGACGAGAACACAGUGUGUAUGCGCGUGGAACGGCCGCAUGUGUGCCUAGCCCUACGAGGGCAAUUUCAGAUAGGCGAUAUCAACAACUGCUGGGCUGACAGUAAAUGCAGCUUUAGUCUAUUGUUUUCUUCUUGUUUGGACAGGAGGCUUCAAGUCAGUAACUUAUUUAUGCCUACGUUCCGACAGUCGACGCGCAACGUAAGGCAAACACUCAAGAUGGCGCUUCAACUUAGCUUGAGACGACAAUAUUCUGUGUGCCAAUUUCUAGGGACUGUUGUCAAUGUGGACAAAUUUCGACAAGAGCUUGCAGAAUGUUGUCCUUUUAUGAUUGCUGGACUAGAGGUGAUGCUAAGCAGCUCUGAUCUUUAAGCCAAAUCAAAUGAAAAGUGGACGUUACAAUGCGCAAAUGCCCUAAUUGUAAAGAAGAUUAUUCUAAACCUAGGAUUUGAGCCACACCUUUGUGAAUAAUAGGAUAGAGGCGCUUUCAGACAAUACACCAAAAGUCUGUGACAAAACCUACGUAAACCCUACUCGAACAUAAAACGGCGAAUUAAUUAGCACGAAAGUCUCUAUUUAUUUUCGGUGUCUCUGUAAAUUCAAACAUGUUUUGUGGUAAGUACGCAUAGAAAGAAUCCCUUUCCAAUUUAGUUAGCACGUGCGUCUUCAUCGCAUUUUAUACUUGACGAAAAGGUUUCUUUCACUUUCAAAAAAGUUUGCAUUCACUAGUUUUUUAGACUGUGAAUUGCAUGUUCAAACAGAACAGCAACAGUACGUUUAUUACUGCUGUUUAUGAAGUAUAAAGCACGGUCCAACCCAAUCGAAAAUGGCAUGGGCCCUACAUGACGUCUUCUUAAUAGAGUAAAUAAACUUAUGCUUUUUCCUACACGGAAGGUAUGCAGCAUGUAGUUUGGGAAUCUUAAGUGAAGGUGCAACUGCAGGUGGCGUUCGCAUUUACCCAGCAAUUGAAAAAGAGGCUUUUGAAAGCCGAUGAAUACCGUUUCUUCAAGUGCAAAAUUUGAAGAAAGCGUAAUUUUCCACCAUAUGAGUACAAGAAAUGAUAUUUUCAUUUGUAUUUUCCAAAAAAUACAUAUGAAUUUAAAGAACGUCAAUAAACAAUGCGAACGAAUUGUACUACUCGGGAAGCUACUUUUUAUUAAGUUUAGGUUUUGCGGACGGCCAGAAAGAAACUCAUCCAAAAUCGACAUCCUGGCGCGUCCAAAUUAUCAUGCCGCACGGUAAUCAAUAUUAUAACCCAACCAAAUUAAUCCUUCCUAAUAAAAAAACAUAUUUUAGAGUUUCGGUCAACAGUUCAGAGACUAGGCCAGUCUACUUUAUACUUUGCAUAAAGUGACCAGGACUUAUCACUUUCAAGCAUGUCAGCACCAGCGAGCGAAAACACCAGUCCGAGGAAAGAGUUGAGAAGUAAAAGGGAUUGCGGGAACAAGAACCUUACGCCUUGAGUUUUGGAAUCACAGUUGGACCCAUCAUCAGUGACAGCAUCAGAUACAGAUAUUUCAUGCAGAAUGGACUGCAGUACUUAUCAGACGCAGUCGAAAUGCAGUCGCAUGCCUGAACACGUCCAAGUCCUCCGGCGUCUGACUUUAUGUCUCAGGACGUACUUCACGUUAAACAGAAUAAUCAACGAGCGCUUGAAAGGCACACCAAGGGGUUCGCCGACUUCUGGAUUCAUGGCCGGGACGGUCCUGUAACCGUUGUAAUCGCUGGUCUUCCUACGUUACAUGCUGAAAUUCUGGGUUCGGUAUGCGGGUGUAGUCUUCCUCGUCACCAAACGAGAUCAGGCGCUGACAUCCAAAGUACAUAUCAAAGCCGUCUUCCCCGACAUUCAGCUCAUAGAGGAGGCAGAGGAAAACAGCCAGUUGGUCUUUUUUACUGUCCCCGUCGUCUGAAAAAAUAGUGACGAUAUAAAAGCCAAAGUGUUCAGGCAAGAGACAAAUACGACGCAAGUACUGUACUUCAGCAACAACUACAUACUCGGCCACAGACGCAGUUGUGUAAGGGUACGAUUUCGGUCUGCUGAGAUGCACGGCAGUGAAACGGAAGACAAAGUUGAUGAAUUAAAAUACAUUCAACGGGUGUUCAGAGCAAAUUGCUGCAUACGCAAGUUCGUCAGCCAGUGCUUUCACAAACAAGACGAGGAACCAAAUAUCACUUGUCAUAAAUUUUGGCAGCCGCCUCGCACCUUUUGGAUUUGGGGCUGCACACAGACCCGGAGCAACCAUAAGGCAUCAGGUCAUGAGGCCGAAAAGCCCACUACCACGAUAAGAAACGUCUGGAGUCGUUUACCGGAUCUGACGUAGUUGAGAGCAAAAAAUGCUUUAGAAAGACUGGGAAACUGCCUGGACGCGAAUGGCUGAACAUGCAGCAGUGGUGCGGAGAAAUGACGUCGCAGCUCAUUUGGCAAGAUUCGGCAGCAAAUGUAGGCUCCACGAGGCCGAAAAUUUCGCGAGAGACGGCAACCGCGUGAGUCCCGUGCUGCUUGGGUCAUGUUUCACUGGCCCCCAGUAUAUUAUCAGGUAUGAUGACCUGGGAAGAAUAAUUAGCCAGGCGGGAGCGCGCAGGCAAAACACAGCUUCCAACGCCAGUGGCGAUGAGUCGAACGACCGAGUAAUUUUAGCACCAGCAUCCAACACGGGCGGUGAAGUCGCGGUGUCUGAGGGCUCGAAUGCUGGUCAUCGAGCCAUUAUCGCACCAGAGACAACCAUCCUCGCUGAAGGGGGAAGGGGGCUUCAACCGUCAUAGGUCUGCGGUAGCAUAGUGACUGCAAUCUAUAAGUACAACAACUCCUUUUGCAUGAAUUGCCCGUAUCUGAUGCCGUCGCUGGCGGUGUCUUCAAUCAUGAAAUCGGUGAGUCAGACGAAUAAAGUUCUUGUUCCAGAGAUCGCUUCUACUUCUCAUGCCAGUAGCUCGUUCUCGAACCGAGAGUUGUCAUGCUGUCAGACUGCUGCGCCUGGUAACUUCAGUUAAGAUUUAAGGCAGUCAACAUGAUUGAAAAUGCGAUUCUCAGAUGGCAUAUCAGAAGAAGAGGAGGCGUUCACAGGAGGGAGGGGUUUGUUGGAGAUCUGACGUUUUAAGUAGUUGCUUCGUCUAUUCAUCUUCAGGGCUUAGGAAGUCACGAAGUUCACGCCUCCAACAAACUGCGCCAUAUGUGUAGAGCCGUGCGCAUGACUUCCCAGUCUCUGAAUAUGGGUAGACGAAGCAACUACGCAAAGCGUCAGACCGCUAACAAACCCCUCUCGGUGAACGCCUCCGCUUAUUCUGAUUGAAGAGAGUAAAUAUGAAGAGCGAAUUGUUACUUGCUUGUGAAUAUAUGCAUCAUCCCAUUCGGAUAAUGCACAAUGACUAUUCCGAUUGCCAACAAAACGAAACACGUGGCACGAGGGCAAUGGGCGGUUGGGUAUCACCCACGGCUAUAUUUCUAGACAGUCCUCUUAGAAACAAACAUAGAACGUUGAUAUGCCGUCCCCAUCUUCGAAUUCGCCAACGAUGACCUCGAAGACAUGAUUUUGGCGCUAGUCCCAAAUGUUGACAGGAAUCUAAGUCAUCAUAUAAGCUGUUGAGUAAUUGUUGGCUUUUGUUGCAUUUGGCGUCAGAUGUUACGUUUUACUGUUUGGACUCCGGAGAGAAAUGGAGCCGAACGACUAGUCUAAAAAUUGCACCAGGUAGAUACGAUGCUUCAUCUGUUAUGCCUCACAGUGGUAUCACAUUGGUAUCACAAAACCCCCUUUUCCGUAUCGUCUUUUGCAAGCACAAGAUGCCUGACGCGAGAGCUGCAAAAAAGGGCAGAAAUUGCGUUUCGCUUCAGUUUGUACGUGAGAAAUUCGACUAGGAAAAUUUAUAUAUAGGACAUCCCAGGAAAUAGAACGCAAGCAUUUUAGGCUUUGGAAUGUUAAGGUGAUUUUGCGAGGCGAUUUAUCCCAAACCUUACACAGAAGUAAGUCGUUCAGUGAAUGAUCCCUUCUCGCAAUGUAAUGGCCGUAUCAUAUUAUGUCCUCUCUGCAUUCCACACCUUAGACAGUUCUAUUUGUUCCUCACUUCUAGGAAAGCGCGACUGGCGAAGGCUCGCAUCCUGUGGGAGAAGGACACCUACUUGGAUGUUCGCUACGAGAUCCGAAAGCAGGAGCUGAGACACAAUGGACUCUAUCAUUACUUUGGAGUGGAUAUUUUGCAGCCAAAUGAGGAAGUGGCAAAAUUAGUCACAAUGAAAUCAAGCGGAAAACGCCCUUAA